UUGUGUUGCAGGAUCACUGAAGUUAGCAGCUUGGGAUUCCUGACAGUAUGGAUCUAGGAAGGGUAACAUUCUGGCAAGAAUACCUGAUGCCUAAAGGUACAAUAGUGAAGCCUUAUUACUGGCUAACAAUGGGCCAAAGCUGUACAAAAUGCCCCUAUCACAUACGAACCAAUGAAGAAGCAAGAGUAUCUUACAAAGAAUUUCACAAUGCCUUUGGAUUCCCAAUGUGUGAUCCAAACAACCACCUUAUCUUUUAUGAACUGAGGCACGUCUCAGGCAGAUUAAUUCAAAAGGGCCAGGCUACAAACUGCACAGAGUAUGACAUUCAUCCAGAAUCAAUGCUAUUUGAAAUGGGCAGUUACCUCGACUCCAUGCUAUACAACUACAAGAACAUCAUGUACAUCGUCCUUUAUUCAAACUACUCCCCUUGUAAUGAGGCCAAGCAUGGCUGCAUAAGCAAAAUUUACAAUUUCUUGACCAACUAUCCAGGCAUCACACUCUGUUUUUACUUCUCGCAGCUGUACCAACAAAACGCAUGCCGACUUAACAGUAUCACUGGGAUGAUGUUUCCUUUUAUGACUACUUUGCCUCAGCAGAUCCCUGGGAACUCAACAGCUAGGUCUCCUCCACAACAAUACCGUUUUUCUGGCUCACACUCCCAGCUUCCACCACACAUGCCCAAUGGCAGACUGCCCCCGCUGUUGACGCAGCCACCCCAUUCACCGCCUCCCAUUAAUAUUUCUCGUCCUUUCAUAAAACGCCCCUUCUACCCCAAAUUGACCAUAAGGCACUUAAAAAUGCCAGAUGAGAUAUUAAAGGAAGCCAAAGAUUUAUAAGUCAUUCCAAACAGGAAAUCUGUUUGCACGGAAAGAAUUUCUGAAAG